UUUGUUUCCAAACAUUUUAGUCCGACAGGCCACAGCGGGUGUGUCAUUAAAAUCCCAGUGGGGAAAAUUUGGCCCGUUUAGGGCACCACGCUGCUGCAUCGCUGCCUUCUUGUUUGCAGGGUCCCUGUUCACCCCAGGGGACGACAUCACCAGGUUUAAUCAGUCAGGGUGUCAUGAUGGAUCGCAAACGAAUCUGCAUUUUUUCCUUUGUGAUUUUGCUGCUGAUUCAAUGUUUUUCCGUUAAUGCUUCAGAUGAGUUGUUCUAUGAGUCGUUCGACGAAGCCUUUGAAGGUCGGUGGAUUGUCACUGAGAAGGAUGAUUACACAGGUGUAUGGAAGCAUGCUAAGAGUGAGGGACAUGAUGAUUACGGUCUUCUUGUGAGCGAAAAGGCAAAAAAAUACGGCAUAGUUAAGGAAUUAGAAAAUGCAGUAGAGUUCAAGGAUGGAACCAUUAUUCUGCAAUUUGAAACCAGGCUGCAGAAUGGGCUGGAAUGCGGAGGGGCUUACUUGAAAUAUCUUCGACCUCAGGAUGCCGGAUGGACACCCAAGCAGUUCGACAAUGAAUCGCCAUACUCGAUUAUGUUUGGACCAGAUAAAUGCGGUUCCACUAACAAGGUCCAUUUCAUUGUGAAGCACAAAAACCCUAAAUCUGGCGAAUAUGUUGAGCACCACCUCAAGUAUCCUCCAUCAGUUCCUUACGACAAGCUCACUCACGUUUACACUGCUAUCAUCAAGCCAGAUAAUGAACUGAAGAUCCUGGUUGAUGGGGAGGAGAAGAAGAAGGCGAACUUUCUGUCGCAAGAUGACUUUGAACCAGCUUUUGUGCCGCCUGCUACAAUUCCUGAUCCGGAUGACAAGAAACCGGAGGAUUGGGACGAGCGAGCCAAGAUUCCAGACCCUAAUGCUGUGAAGCCAGAUGACUGGGAUGAAGAUGCACCGAUGGAAAUUGAAGAUGAAGAGGCUGAAAAGCCUGAGAGUUGGUUGGAUGAUGAACCUGAGGAGAUUGAUGACCCAGAAGCUACGAAGCCGGAAGAUUGGGAUGAUGAGGAGGAUGGAGAGUGGGAGGCCCCAAAAAUAGAUAAUCCCAAGUGCUCAGAAGCUCCAGGCUGUGGGGAAUGGAAGAGGCCCAUGAAGAGGAACCCUGCUUACAAGGGCAAAUGGCAUGCCCCCAUGGUUGAUAACCCCAACUACAAAGGCAACUGGAAGCCGCAACAAAUUCCAAACCCUGACUUCUUUGAGCUUGAGAAACCCAACUUUGAGCCUCUUGUUGCAAUUGGCAUUGAGAUCUGGACAAUGCAGGAUGGGAUCCUAUUUGAUAAUAUUCUGAUUGCAAGUGAUGAGAAAGUCGCGGAGACAUACCGUGAGAAAACAUGGAAGCCCAAAUAUGACGCCGAGAAAGAAAAGCAGAAGGCUGAUGAAGAGGCUGCGGGUCUGCCAACAGGGCUUGCGGGCUUCCAGAAAAAAGUGUUCGAUAUCCUUUACAAGAUAGCUGGCAUACCAUUCUUGGAAGCAUAUAAGCCCAAAAUCAUUGAUGUCAUUGAGAAAGGUGAAAAGCAACCUAAUCUGACGAUUGGAAUAUUGGUUUCUAUUUUGGUGGUUAUCAUCACUCUCUUCCUUAGGGUUCUGUUUGGUGGGAAUAAACCAUCCGUGCCACCUCAAGCUGCACAGAUAGAGAAGGAUGAUGGGCCCGGGGAGACAGAUAAUGGAGACAACAUAGCUGAGAAGGAUGAGAAUGAGAAAGAAGAUAACGCUGCUCCUCGACAGAGGAGAUCCAGGAGAGAAACAUAGUUAAAUUUGUCAGAGUUUUGAAUUAGAGUAGUCUCACAGCUACAUGCUGUGCUUUCUGUGAGUGACUGGGUAGAAGGGCAUUGUAGUGUGGAAGCUAUGAAACUGUUCUUAGUGUUCCUGGUCAUUUUAGGAAAAUCUCUAGUAUCUUCAGGGCAGCAUUGUCGCCUGUUCUAACUUUUUAUGUACUUUAAAAGUUUUUGAAAAGUCUUCCGUUUGUGGCUUGAAUAUGGUGCUUCUUGUUUCUCAUUUUUUUGCCUCAUUUGUAGCCUAAAAUCUUUGAAGUGAUUUGAGGACGCACUAGUCAAACUGUUGGAAUUUUAUGUGAUCUUCUCA